CAGUCGAAUCGUGGAUUAGUUUUUAUGUUCGUUACAAUAUUAAUAAAGUUCAUUCAUAUAUAUUUGUUUACUUACUUAAAAAAAGUAUUUAAAAUAAUUUUUUAACUAUUUAAAAUUUUUACAAAGGUAAACAACAAAGUCUAUAAUCGUCAUCAAACAAAUUCAAAAAAUAACCAUGCUGGUAACAAACAAAAAUAUUAAAAAAGUUAAUUUUUUAAUAAUUUUCUUCACACAACUUCAAGGAAACCUAUUAUGCGACUGUCCACAUGGCCAUGUGUUGCAUUCUGAUGGAUUAACAUGUGUAAAAGAUCUUUCAACUGGUAAUAUCGUUCUUAUUUGCCUGGGAGUUAUAUUUUUUCUAUCAAUAUUACCUUGUUGUUUGUUAUUUCAUCGAUUAAGAAAACGAAUAUUAACAAAAAAAGGUGUUCGAUUUACCAACGAAAUUGAAAAUCCAAAAACUAAUGUAUUUGAUUCAACUAACAUUACUAUUUCCAAUCAGUUGUAACUAACUCCAACUAAACUUUAAGCUUCGUUUAUUGCAUGUAAAUAUUGAACAAGUUUUUAAAAAUAUUUGAAGACAGUUUGUAUUUAAACAGUUUUAAUUAUUAAUGGUAUAUUUUAUAAACAUUAAGUGAUGUUUUUUUAAAA